CGCCUCCCUCCCCUCCCACAGCCCUCCCGCCUCCCCCAAGCCAGCGUUACCCAAUUUCUACACAAACACGCAGUUUCUAUAAGCAUCACCAUCAAGCACCUCUGGCCUUCUGUCCGAUCACAUCUUGCUUUAGGGGAGCAGAGGCGAAGAGCUACUACUGAGGGGUUCUGCAAGGCUCGAAAUUGCCAAGAUGUUUCUGAUUCUUUCUCUGGUCAUUGGGCUUACCCUGUCUGCCUCUGGUGUCAUGACAGACAAGGAAACUGACCCAUGCCAGGAGUCACUGAAUGAAAUACAGAAACAAGUGAACGACCUCUGGCAGAAUUUGCUCUACCCAGUAACAAAUGGUAACGACACUGAUGGAAUGAUUUACGCCACUUGUGAAAUGAAGCCCAGCUCCAAAAUAGAUGCUGACAAGCCACAAGUGACUGGACAAGUCUUAUUCAGGCAGAGUUACUCAUAUGGAAGACUGGAAGCCUUAUUUUACUUGGAUGGGUUUCCACUGGAUAACAAUCAGUCCAGCAGAGCUAUUCACAUCCAUGAGCUUGGAGACCUCAGCAAUGGCUGUGAUUCUACAGGGGGACACUAUAACCCUUUCAGAGUGAAUCAUCCUCGUCACCCAGGAGAUUUUGGCAACUUUCUUCCUAAAGAAGGCAAAAUCAGAAAAUACAAAACAAACCUCUUUGCCACAAUCUUUGGUCCAUAUUCCAUCAUGGGCAGAUCUGUUGUAAUCCACGAGCAGGAAGAUGACAUGGGCAAGGGCAAUAAUAAGGCCAGUUUGGAAAAUGGAAAUGCUGGGAAACGUCUGGCUUGCUGUGUGAUUGGGAUAAGCAACAAGAACCUGUGGGAAGAGAAACUGCCUGAGGUUACGGACAAGAAGAAGAGAGGGCUCAACAGAAGAACAUACAGCCAGGCUUAGGUGAAGUCCAAAAUGCCAGCUACAGCCUGGGCAGCACAAAGCAACUCAGGCUGUGCUGUUGCCCACUAAGAUAUAUGGCUAAAGGAUUCCAAUUUGCUUGCUCCUCUAUGAAAUGUAUAUCACUUUUGUAGAGCUUCCUUUAUGUAAGCCCAUCAAUAAAACCAGCAUCAGCUCAA